GUCAAGUGAAGAUGCUGAAAAAUUACAAGACGACUUGACUAAACUUCAAAGUUGGUGCAUCAAUAAUGGUAUGGAACUGAAUACAAUUUCCAACAAAGUAGAGCAAAAUUGAUAAAGAAAUUCAAAUAUACCGCCAAAAACUUCACCGAGUGUCAUUUCCGUUGAUCCGUCAAAAGUGUCAACACGCUUAGGUUAACUUCCUUUUAGUGAUUAUCUUUGUAAAAUGGCACCUACGAAGCCAAAAGCAGCGGAUAAAUCCGCCCCCAAGAAGGAAGAAAAGAAGAAGCCUGCGGCCGCACCAGCAGCCGGAGCCGCUGGAGCUUCUUCCUCAAGUUCAAAAACACCCGCCCCAGCUCCAAAAGCAGCAGCCAAAGCUGCAAGCAAACCAGCUGACAAGAAAGCAUCUUCCUCAAAAACCCCUGCACCCGCACCUAAAGCUGCCUCAGCCAAAAGCUCCGCGAAAGCGCAAGCUGCUGCCCCCAAACCAAAAGCCGCUGCUGCUAAAGCUGGAAAGGCUGCAGGCAAAGGUGCUGCCAAACCCGCAGCCAAGGCUGCAGGAAAGAAACCAGCUGCUGCUGGAAAGGCCAAGGCUCCCGCAACUCUUAUUGCUAAGCCCAAGAAGAAUGUUCCUGUUAAACAACAACAGAAAGGUGUUGGCAAAAAGCCAGCUGCCAGUGCAGUGCAAGUAGCGAGAGCACUUAAAAUCCAAAAGAAAGUAAUUAAAGGCCCCAAUGGAACACACUCAAGGAAAAUCCGUAACUCAGUCCACUUCCGUCGUCCUAAGACCCUCAGACCACCCAGGAGUCCCAAAUACCCCAAGAGGAGUGUUCCCCACAGAUCCCGCAUGGAUGCUUACAAUAUCAUCAAAUUCCCAUUGACCACCGAAGCAGCCAUGAAGAAGAUUGAAGAUAACAACACGUUGGUAUUUUUAGUACACACUAGGGCAAACAAGCACCACAUUAAAGCUGCAGUUAAGAAAUUGUAUGAUAUCAAUGUAGCCAAGGUCAACACCUUAAUUAGGCCCGAUGGCAAAAAGAAGGCAUAUGUAAGGUUAGCUAGAGAUUAUGAUGCUCUAGAUGUUGCCAACAAGAUUGGCAUCAUAUAAAUUAAUAUCUUACCUUGUUUUAUUUUUUUUGACAUCUAAUAAAUAAGUUGAGAAUAAAGUUUUUUAGUUUGAGUUA